UAGCAAGCACCUCGUGCGUCGUCGUCGCGCGUUAAGCUAGAUGCUGGCGCUCAAUAUGCAAAUGCACGGGGGAAGAGGAAAAGGACGUUGUCCAUGCGAGAAGGAAUGUCCGAAGAACAGGGGACCAGGCGGCAUGGGCGGGUGAACGUUGCCCCAGAGGCUGUCCCGGAAGAUCGAACCCAUGAAGAGCCUCUGGCUGAAAAGUCAAGGAGUGCCAAUACGCAGCAGACUAGGUCACGAUCUUCAGCUCAGACUCAGCAACAGACAUACCAACAACACCGACCUUUCGAGGUCAUUGAAGCAUCCGCACCAGAAGAAUGUACUGUGCAGCCCCCUUCAUCUACUCUCGAUUUACAGAAGCGCAAACGUGGUAUUACCAUGCCUGGUUCCCUCUUUCCUCGCUCUCCCUCCCUCGAUCCCACCCCUGCUCCCCAGAAGGCCGAGGAUCGUCAGGUACACUUCAUGGCUCGUCACGACGAGGUCAAACUAGAGCUUCCAUCCGCGCCGACUAUGAACGAGAUUGCGGAAGAGCCUGAAGAACCUCCGGACUUGUCUCAGUUUCCACGACCCUUCGAGCACGAUGAGGGCGAUAAUCCUUUCUUACCAACAGGUAUGACUCCUGCUCUGGUCGAGCGCAUCACAUCCAAUACCGAGGACGCUAAGCGGUUCCUCGAAGACUUUACCGCGUCGCCACGCUCGUCGCCUAUACCUGAUACUCCUAUUCCAACUCGAACCGCUCCUCCCAGACGUCUCUUGAUUGAGAGUCCCAUUGGCCCGGAGGCUCCUGUCAACGUACUACCGGUACUAUCUGUCAAAGCCAAGGGGAAGCAGAAGGCGACUGAGCCGGAGGAAGUUUACGAAGAGGGUAAUUCCAAGGUGCUUCGCGUCCGUGGAAAGGAGAGAGAGUUGCUUGAAGUCCAAGAAGAGCACCAGCAGAAGGAGCAGGACCGAGCAGAUGAUCCAGAGACGACGAUUAUACUAGAAGAGCGAGGGCGAGACAAGGAGCGGAUAAGAGAACUUGAAGCAGAACUUGUCGUGCUAAAACGGCAGGUAUGUCGAUACUAGUCA